AUGUCAAACCUACGUGUCCGUCCCUGGCGGGCAUUGGAAUCUGCUCAGCAAUUCUCCAGCCUGGCCCAAGCUCCGCGCGCCAGAGCGACCUACGUCACCCUAAGCAAGCGUGCCAUCAGCACGAGCUACACUCGCGCAAACAGCUCGUCCACACCAUCCCCAGCACCCAAACCAGCUGCCCAACCCACACGAACAAGCACACCCUACACACCUUCCGCCCAGUCCAAACCCACUUCCACCCCGAACCGCCAAACAACAGAUAACAUCUCCAAAAGCGGGCUAUCUGACAAGCCGCUUGACGUAAUCAGCGCCGCGGAGGAGAAAAUUGACUGGACGCGCUCGUUCCACGGUCUCUCUGCCGAGCCAUUCCCAGAGAAGGCGGCUAAGAUCUUGCUUGCGGAGAUCGAUCCUAAAGAAAUUGAGAUCAAGCCUGAUGGAAUUGUCUACCUACCCGAGAUUAAGUACAGACGUGUACUAAAUCAGGCGUUCGGCCCUGGAGCUUGGGGUCUUGUUCCCCGGAGUGAGAGUAUUGUUACGCCUAAGACUGUCACAAGGGAGUAUGCGCUUGUUUGUCAUGGACGACUCGUCUCCGUUGCCCGUGGCGAACAAGAUUACUUCUCGCCCGAUGGAAUCCCUACCGCGACAGAGGGAUGUCGGUCUAACGCGCUAGUGCGCUGCUGCAAGGAUCUCGGUAUUGCGAGCGAACUUUGGGAUCCUAGGUGGAUUCGGAAGUAUAAGGCCCAGUAUACGAGGGAGGUGUUUGUGGAACAUGUUAUUAGUAAGAAGAAGUCGAAGAUCUGGAUUCGGAAGGAUGAUCCUGUCGGGUAUCCGUGGAAGGAGAGUAAAUAA